GGAUUUUUCAAUAAACAAAUCAUCUCUCUCUCCCUCUCUAUCUCUCUCAGUAUUUUAUGUCUUAAUUAAUUUAACCAAAGCUACUCAAAGAAGAACAGUAUUACCACUAACCACUUGUUAAAAUUAGCAAUUCUCCCAAAGCAAAGCUGCACAUUGGAACACUUGCUCCUUUUAUUUUUAUCCUUAUCUCUCUUCCUCCAUUUUUUUUUUUUUUGUAAUAAAAUCUCUCUCUGUUUUAUCUCUCCUCUGUAUUCUCUCCAUCUCAUCAAAAAACCUUCCCUUUUCAGUUCUCUCUCCCACAAUUCUUUUAUGGCUAUCAAAUCUAGCAAUUAAUCUCUCCCCAUAUCAUUCACGGAUCAGUUUGUUUGAUUGCUGAUCCUUUAAGUUUAAGCUAGCUACCCUGAGUACUCUUCCUUUGUAUUUUGUUUCACAAAUUAGAGGAAAUUUCUGAUGGCUCUGGAAACAUGGUUGGUCAAGGUAAAGAAGACAAUAUCAAGCAGUUUUGCAGCAUCAGCAGCUCCAAAACCGAAAUCUUCAGCAGUAAUCAAGAAAUCCAACGUUGGAGUUUUGGCCUUCGAGAUAGCUGGGCUUAUGUCAAAGCUCAUUCAUUUAUGGCAAUCUCUCUCGGACAAGAAUAUUGCUCGUCUUCGCAACGAAUCAAUAUCGUUGGAAGGUGUUCGAAAGAUUGUCUCAAACGACGAGGAUUUCCUUCUGGGCUUGGCAUGUGCGGAGAUGCUUGAAAAUCUGAGGCAAAUCUCGAAAUCGGUUUCGAGGUUGAGUAAAAAGUGUGAAGACUCAAAUUUGAGAUCUUUCGAGAGGUUUCUGGAUGAAUUUUCCAACACGGGUCGUGAUUGCCAUAACUUUGUUCUCAGCUGGAAAGACAUGGAAAUGAAGAUCAAGAAGAUGGAUCAGUAUGUUACUGUCACAGCCACGCUUCAUAGAGAAAUGGACGAACUUUUGGUGAUUGAAAAUCAAUUGAGAAAAUCCCAAGUUGCAAAAGAAUCCAGUUAUCAUCAUCAUGAACAGGGUUCAACCAACAAAAAUAAAGAGCAGAAGAUCAUUGAGCUGCAACAGAAGCUUCUAUGGCAGAGGCAAGAAGUGAAGUACUUAAAGGAGAGAUCUUUAUGGGGUAGAAGUUAUGACACGGCAACAAAACUGCUUGCCACAUCAAUAUUCACUAGCCUUGCAAGAAUUAAGCUUGUUUUUGGAAUUGGGCAUGGAUAUCCAACUUCUCUGCCCCGGAGUUUAUCUGCUUCAGCCACAGUUUAUCCCUCUUCCGAUCCACAUCCUAAUUCAUGUGGAAAUUUUGUUUCAGGGCCAUUGGUCAUGAAAUCCCCCAAUCUUCAAGAUUCAAAAUCUAACCAAGUUGGGUUCUUUGAAUUGAACUCCAAGUUUGUUAAACCAGCUCUGGAUACAUUAGGAUCGGCUGCUCUGUCUUUGCACUAUGCAAAUUUGAUCAUUGUCAUUGAAAAGAUGAUAAGAUCACCACAACUGGUAGGUGCAGAUGCAAAGGAUGAUCUUUAUUCCAUGUUGCCAAACAGUAUUCGGUCAGCUUUGAGGGCAAGGCUAAAAGGGGUAGGAUUUUCUGCCAGUGAUCCAUUUCUUGCUGGAGAAUGGAGGGAUGCUUUGCAGAAGAUUUUGGGUUGGUUGUCACCCUUGGCGCAUAAUACAAUCAAGUGGCAAAAUGAAAGGAGCUAUGAACAUCAAAAUUUGCUGCCCAAAACAAAUGUUCUUCAACUGCAAACUCUGCAUUUUGCUAAUCAAGAGAAAACAGAGGCUGCCAUAACUGAACUGCUGGUGGGGUUGAAUUACAUCUGGAGGUUUGAACGGGAAAUGAGUGCCAAAGCCUUGUUUGAAUGCGCCAACUUGAAUGGAUUCUUGAAUUUGCCCAAGAAUUUCAGCUGAAGCUAAGCAAAUGGUAGUUCUCUACAUUUUUUCUUUCUGAGCUAUGAUUUAGUUAGUCUUAUGAAAUUAGUUACCAUACAGUUUAAUUUUGCUUUGCCUUUUAUCCCCAAAAUGUAAACUCUUAUAGUAGAUCCAGAGAUAUGGUUGGUUUUGCUUCUUAACUAGGAUCUUUGUAUAUGUUAAAAAAAAAAAUUGAUCUUUGAUGUAAAGUAUGAGAUUGGGUCAGAUUCUUCAAAAUACUUUUCUUUUUGGCCAGGGAAUUAUUGAAGUUAUGGAUCACACACAUAUGUUCAAGUAUGUCUAUGUCAUACAAGUCAUGUGAAUUUAUU